GCGGGCGGGUGACGUCACUCAGCGCGCGACACCGCGAGCGCCAUGCGGGUGCUGUGGUUCGGCCGGUGGCUGCGGGCGGGGGCGGCCGCGAUGGUGCCCGCGGGCCCGCCCAGGGCGGCGGCGGAGCUGCUGGCGCACCUGGAGCGCCUGGCCCUGGUGGAUUUCCGCGAUGCCGAGGGCGUGGAGCGGCUGCAGAAAGCGAUCCAGUUCGCUGACCGGCUCCAGGAGGUGAACACCGACGGCGUGGAACCCAUGGAUUCGGUCCUGGAGGACAGGUGUCUGUACCUCAGAGAAGAUAAUGUUACAGAAGGCAACUGUACAAAAGAGCUGCUGAAAAAUGCCAGAGAGAAAGUAGAGGAAUAUUUCGUAGCCCCACCAGGUAACAUCCCUUUACCAAAGCUGGACGAGCAAGAGACUUUUCUGCAGGGCUCUUAGUGAGAGCUUGUAACGCAAACGCCCUUCUGGUGUUUUAUUUGGGGAAGCUUGGUUUUGUGGAGUCACAGCUGCAGCCCC